CGCCGCCGCCGCCGCCGCCGCCGCUGCCGCUGCCGCCGCCCGAGAAGGAUCGGGGCCGGGCCGGGCCGGGCCGGGAUGGUCCGGGUCGGGAGGCCGCCGCCGCCGCCGCCGGAGGGAGCGGGCCGCCCAGCGCCGCACUGAGCCGCCCCCGCCCCCGCCCCGCCCCGGCCCCGGGGGAUGCGCCGCCCCGAGCCGCUGCCUCCGCCGCCGCCGCCGCCGCAGCCGCAGCCGCAGCGGGCACAAAGCAGGUAGAUGGCCCCCCCAGGGCAGGCCCUGCGGACACCCCUCCCUCCGGCUGGCGGAUGCAGUGCCUAGCGGCUGCUCUUAAGGACGAAACCAACAUGAGUGGGGGAGGGGAGCAGGCCGACAUCCUGCCGGCCAACUACGUGGUCAAGGAUCGCUGGAAGGUGCUGAAAAAGAUCGGAGGUGGGGGCUUCGGUGAGAUCUACGAGGCCAUGGACCUGCUGACCCGAGAGAAUGUGGCCCUCAAAGUGGAGUCGGCCCAGCAGCCCAAGCAAGUCCUCAAGAUGGAGGUGGCUGUGCUCAAAAAGCUGCAAGGUAAAGACCAUGUGUGCAGGUUCAUUGGCUGUGGCCGCAACGAGAAGUUCAAUUACGUGGUGAUGCAGCUGCAGGGCCGAAACUUGGCUGACCUGCGCCGCAGUCAGCCACGAGGCACCUUCACGCUGAGCACCACGCUGCGGCUGGGCAAGCAGAUCCUGGAGUCCAUCGAGGCCAUCCACUCGGUGGGCUUCCUGCACCGCGACAUCAAGCCGUCUAACUUUGCCAUGGGCCGGCUCCCCUCCACCUACCGGAAGUGCUACAUGCUGGAUUUUGGACUAGCCCGGCAGUAUACCAACACCACGGGGGACGUUCGACCCCCUCGCAACGUGGCUGGGUUUCGAGGGACCGUCCGCUAUGCCUCAGUUAAUGCCCAUAAGAACCGGGAGAUGGGUCGCCAUGACGACCUGUGGUCCCUCUUCUACAUGCUGGUGGAAUUUGCUGUGGGCCAGCUGCCCUGGAGGAAGAUCAAGGACAAGGAGCAGGUCGGCAUGAUCAAGGAGAAGUACGAGCACCGGAUGCUGCUGAAGCACAUGCCCUCGGAGUUCCACCUCUUCCUGGAUCACAUCGCCAGCCUGGACUAUUUCACGAAGCCGGAUUACCAGCUGAUCAUGUCAGUGUUCGAGAACAGCAUGAAGGAGCGGGGGAUCGCAGAGAAUGAGGCCUUUGACUGGGAGAAGGCUGGCACCGACGCCCUGCUCUCCACAAGCACCUCCACCCCGCCCCAGCAGAACACCCGGCAGACGGCAGCCAUGUUCGGUGUGGUGAACGUGACGCCGGUGCCCGGGGACCUGCUCCGGGAGAACACGGAGGACGUGCUGCAGGGCGAGCACCUGAGCGACCAGGAGAACGCGCCCCCGAUCCUGCCGGGGAGGCCCCCCGAGGGGCUGGGCCCGGGCGCCCACCUCAGCCCGCACCCCGGGGGUCCCGAGGCGGAGGUGUGGGAGGAGACCGACGUCAACCGCAACAAGCUCCGGAUCAACAUCGGCAAAACCCCCUGCGUGGUGGAGGAGGAGCAGAACCGGGGCGUGGGGGUGCCCAGCUCCCCGGUGCGGGCGCCGCCGGACUCGCCCACGACCCCCGUCCGCUCCCUGCGCUACCGGAGGGUGAACAGCCCCGAGUCGGAGCGGCUGUCCACGGCCGACGGGCGGGCGGAGCUGCACGAGAGGAGGUCCCGCAUGGAUCUGCCCGGCUCUCCCUCGCGCCAGGCCUGCUCCUCACAGCCUGCGCAGAUGCUUUCGGUGGACACCGGCCACGCCGACCGCCAGGCCAGCGGCCGCAUGGACGUGUCCGCCUCCGUGGAGCAGGAGGCCCUGAGCAACGCCUUCCGCUCGGUGCCCCUGGCGGAGGAGGAGGACUUCGACAGCAAGGAGUGGGUCAUCAUUGACAAGGAGACGGAGCUCAAGGACUUCCCUCCGGGGGCCGAGCCCAGCACGUCGGGCACCACGGACGAGGAGCCCGAGGAACUGCGGCCGCUGCCCGAGGAGGGUGAGGAGCGGCGGCGGCCAGGGACGGAGCCUCCUGUCCGGCCCCGGGGCCGUGGCAUGCAGACCCUGGCCGAGGAGGACACACGGCAGGUGCCGCCCCCGUCCCCGCACCCCCAGCUGAGCCAGGCCGACGGCCGGUCAGAGACGUCGCAGCCCCCCACGCCGGGCAGCCCUUCCCACUCGCCCCUGCACUCGGGACCGCGCCCUCGGCGGAGAGAGUCGGAUCCCACGGGCCCACAGAGACAGAUGCUGUCGGUGGCGCCGCUGUUUGAGGUGAACGGCCUCCCCCGAGCUGUGCCCCUCAACCUCCCCUACCAGCACUUCAAGAAGGACCUGUCCGACUACCGUGAGCGCGCCCGGCUGUUGCGCGGACGCAGGGUGGGCUUGGCACACAUGCUGCCCCCAGUGCCCCAGCUCUCCCGCGCCCCCCUGCAGCCUCAAGCCAACGGGAAGGAGGAGGACGACGAGGAGAAGGCAGAGGAGGAGGAAGAGGAGGAGGAAGAGGAAGAGGAGGAAGGAGAGGAGGAAGACGAGGAGGAGGAAGAUGAGGAAGACGAGGAGGAAGAGGAAGAAGAGGAGGAGGAGGAGGAAGAGGUCGUGGCUCUGGGGGAAGCCCUAGGGCCCCACAGUGGUUCCAGCAGCGAGGGGAGCCAGAGGAGCACCGACCGCAGCCAGGAGGGCGCCCCGUCCACGCUGCUGGCCGACGACCAGAAGGAGUCUCGGGGCCGGGCCUCCAUGGCCGACGGGGACCUGGAGCUCGAGGAGGGUUCCAAAACGCUGGUGCUCGUCUCCCCCGGCGACAUGAAGAAGUCGCCCGUCACUGCCGACCUGGCCCCCGACCCCGACCUGGGCACCCUGGCCGCCCUGACUCCUCAGCUCGAGCGGGCCCCGCCCACAGGCAGCCAGCUGGACGUGUCCGAGCCGGGCACGCUCUCGUCGGUCCUCAAGUCUGAGCAGAAGCCCCCGCCGUCGCUGCCACCGCCGCCGCCGGGCCCCGGGGCCUCAGGUGCAGGGACGGUGGCCGUCACCACCUCACCCUUCACCAAAGUCGAGAGGACCUUCGUGCACAUUGCGGAGAAAAGCCACCUCAACGUCAUGUCCUCUGGGGGCCAGAGCUCCCGAGCCGAGGAGCUCAGCGCUGGGGCUGAGCCGGGACCGGAGGGGGUCUCUGGAGAGAGUGCGGCGGAGGAGGGGGUCUCGCAGCCCCUGCAGAAUGGCCUUGCCCCCGUGGGCCCGGACGGGGGGCAGAGGAUGGAGCGCGGUGCCCCCCCACGCUCCCCUGCAGGACCCCUGGCAGAGGUGCCCGGGGACGCACUGCCCAACGGCCCAGCCCUGGCUGACGGGCUCGCCCCGGCUCGCAGGCUGGAGCCAGGCCCCGAGGAGAAACUGGGCCCCGUGUCCCCCAGCCUCCAGGCCCGGCCCGGAGCCCGGCCCAGGAGCCGGAUCCCUGUGCUGCUCUCCGAGGAGGACACGGGCUCCGAGCCCUCGGGCUCGCUGUCGGCCAAGGAGCGGUGGGGCAAGAGGGCGCGGGCCCCCCAGGACCUGGCCCGGCUGGUGAUGGAGAAGCGGCAGGGCCGGCUGCUGCUCAGGCUGGCCUCCGGGGCGUCGUCUUCGUCCAGCGAGGAGCAGCGGCGGGCGUCCGAGACGCUGUCGGGCCCCUGCUCGGAGGAGGACGCGCCCACCUCUGAGCCCACGGGGGCCGCCACCGCCCGGGGCCGGCUGCCUAGGAGCCGGAUCCCCCGCCUGGUCAGCGUCCGGGCGCCCAUGCCUGCCGCGGCCCAGAGGGGUCCCCCCAGGCCCCAGGGCACCCCAGCAUCUGACACAGCCAUCACCAGCAGGCUCCAGCUGCAGAAGCCCCCGGGGCCGGCCGCUGCCGCUGACCUCCGGCCCAAGCAGCCCCCCGCCGCCCGCGGACCAGCCGGCCCCCGGCCCCCCGCGUCGGCGGCGGCGGCGGCGCGCCCGGCCAGCGCGUCCCCGCGGAGCGGGUCCCUGCACCGCAAGGAGAGCCCGUGCCCCUCGCACCAGGCCCGGCCCGGGGGUCCCGCCGCGCGGGGGGCCCCCGCGGCCCGGCCGCAGCCCGACGGCGGCGCGGCCUCCAAGCACGGACCCAGAGGGAAGGCGCAGACCCCGCGCGCAGCUACCAAAGGCCGGGCGGGGGGCGCCGAGGGCCGGGCCGGGGCCAGGUAAUAACGCGCGGCCCCGCGCCCCUGCCCGCUCCCAGCACAGCCUUACGCCCGCUGCUCGCCCGCCCCCCGCGGGACUCCGCUCGCACCUCCAGCCAAAGCCCCCCACCCCUCUCCAGAAGGGCCCAGGCCUCGGGGCGCCCCGGGCUCGGGCCUCUCCUGGGCGGCCGGGCUGGGGGCUGGGGAGGUGGAGGAUCUACUCAGGUGUGGGGGGCAGCUCCGACCUGCCCCGAAGUCAGCUCCAUCGACCCCCGGCUGGGCGGCAGCGCACGUGAUUCUCGGGGAGGGGGCGU